AUGCAUACCGAGAUGUCGAACAACGCAACGCCGCAGUUUGAUACACAAUCAGCAGUUGACUCACCGGCGGGAGCGGAGAAGGAAGAACCGCCGGCCGAAGUUGCAGCGAAGGCAGCAGAGGAGACCGAUGAAGAGCUGUUGCCUGCUCCCACUAUAGAAAAUUCUUGCCAUGCAGAAUCACACAGUCCUAAAACAGCGGUCGGCCAGCUUGGUUCUUUAGCAGGUACAAUGGCGAGCAAGGGCAUAUCCACUGCUGUAGCUCUGGCAUCAGAAACAGCGGCUGCACUUCUCACAGCAGCAGCAGGAACAGCAGCAGCAGCAAAGGGAACAGGAGGGAACCUGCCUGAAUUGAACGGGGGGCUGUCUGAAUCAGCUGGUAGACCAUUGUGGAGCGCCUCCAGCCAGAACAGUCUUCACAGUGAGCCCUCCUCCAAAAAGAAUCCAUCUGACGAACAGCGGGACCCGUCUAUUCUAAAAUCGAAUGGUGCAUGUGGAUCCAGCUCUGAAUUGAUACGCGCGGCAACAAAAACUGUAGAGGAGGAAGAUGACUUGCCCGCAUUCGCUGACGAGGAAAGCAUUGCAUUGUAUGCCGAGAUAAGGGAUAAGCAGCGACUGCUGUCCAGACAAGGGACCGAGCUAGGGCAGAAAGCUGAGCGAGUAGUGAUCAUGCGACAGCAUUUGCAUCAAUUAAAAGCAGAAGCAAACCAUUUAGAAAAUCUCGUUGCUGCAAAGGAAGCUCACAUUCACAGUGACAAACACAUGGAAGGGGUGGCGGUUCGCCAGACCAGCAAACUCAAAAGCGAGGUGCAGCAGCAGCAGCAGCAGCAGCAGCAACUCCAGUCUAGACUAACGGCACUGCAAGUCGACGUUGCAAAGGGGCAGGAACAGAUGGACUGCUUCAAACUGCGAAUGAGGUGGAAUGAAGACGAACUGGCCCAAUGGCGUUCGGCUGCUCACCAAAAGGAAGAAGACCUAGCUUGCAUCGCCGAGUUCAAGAAGAAAGAUGACAUGCGAGCUGCAGGACUAAUGGCACAGGCACAGAAAGCUUCUGCCGAAGUGACUGAAGCAAAGAAACGCCUACAGGAAGAACAGACAGCGUCCCGUGCUGCACGGGCAGAGCUCCAGCGAUCGUUAGAGCACUUUGCCGAGCAACAGAAAGAGAGAGCACUCCUGAUCGCCCAGGGGUGA